AUGUUAACUUGGAAAUAUUUUCUUAUUAUUGCUUAUUUGUUAAUUCUUGUUAAUCAAGAAUGUUACGGCGCCGGUGGAGAUGCCACGAACACUGGGACCGGUACUAACACAGGGACACAAGGAGGGGCUCGAAAUGGUACUGGCUCAGGCGGUACAAACGCUGGAACUGGUUCAGGUGGUACAAAGACUGAAACUGGCUCAGGUGCUACAAAGACUGGGACUGACUCAGGUGGUUCGAACACUGGAACUGAUGCAAGUGGUACAAACACAGGAGCUGGCUCAGGUGAUACAAACGCUGGAACUGGUGCAAGUGGUACAAAUACUGGAAGCGGUACUAAUGGUACAAAGUCUGGUACUGGUUCAGGCGGUACAAAGAGUGGAACUGGCUCAGGCGGUACAAACGCUGGAAGUGGGUCAGGUGGUACAAACACCGGAAGUGGCUCAGGUGGUACAAACAGUGGGACUGGCUCAGGUGGUACAAACAGUUGGACUGGCUCAGGUGGUACAAACGCUGGAACUGGUGCAAGUGGUACAAACACUGGAAGCGGUACUAAUGGUACAAAGUCUGGUACUGGUUCAGGCGGUACAAAGACUGAAACUGGCUCAGGUGUUGUAAAGACUGCAACUGGUGCAAGUGGUACAAAGACUGGAACUGGUGCUAAUGGUACAAAGUCUGGUACUGGUUCAGGCGGUACAAAGACCGGAAGUGGUGCCAAUGAUACAGACCAUAGAACUACUGUGAUAUUGCCACCUCUUGUUGGAGGAUUUCCAGAACGGCUUCAACGUACUACAAUCGCUCAGGUGUGUAUAAAUGUUUGAUUUUUGAAUAAAAGUGCGUGAAUGAACCAGUCAAAAAGAUCAAGAGAAACGGAUACGCUAGACAAUGAACAGAAAUGACUGAUUAAACAGAGUUGAGCGAGUACAGGAUUUAGUCAUACUCUAGUAGAGUGAAGUACAGACAGAUUCUUGAAUACUUACAGAUUCUUAAUUACUUGAAGAAGUAUUCAAGAACGGGAUGUUAAAAAUGUUAAUAAAAUUGCUAAUCUAUUUGAAGAAAAAUGUAGGAUUUUUUAAAAUCUUUCUGGUUUUAAGAAAAAAGAAUUUGGGAAUAAUUGUUUAAUUCGCUCGAAACUAGGUUACUGAAAGAUAUAACGACUUUGCCAGAUAUUCUAGUAUUAGUCAUAGGCGGCGGAGCCUGUAGGUUAGGAUAAGCCUGAAUCUAUCGUAGAUUUACUAAUAAAGCGUGUUUUUGUGUUAUUUUCGAUACUAAAAAAUUGGGAGUUUGAGCCUAUCCUAGACCCAAUUUGUUCCGCCGCCUAUAGUAUCAGUUGAAUAAAAUUGUUUUAUACUCACAUUCAUAGUUAGCCAAAUAUAUGCGGUACUUGUAACCGUACUCGAAAAAUCGUGUACUCGUCCAUCUCUGGGGUGAAGUGAUCUGAACGCUCUUACCACUGAAAAAUCAAUGCUUAAGAUGCGAUAUCUAACUAAGUUAUGAUUAUGGCAAAAAAGUUUGAACUAACUACCCUAUCGUUUCUGGGAAGAACGAGUUUUUUUGCGACCACCCUCAAGUUAUUGGUAUUGCAGCGUGUUUUUAGGACAGUAUGAAAAAUAUCUUUUUUUCUGAAAUAUAACUAAUUAUGAAAAUUUACAAAGUAUACCAGUAUAUGGAGAAUUAAAUUUCUAUUGUCCCACAUUGUCCGUUCAUCUUACUAUUACAGUCUAAUUGCGAAAAAUUUAAAGAAUAAAUUCAGAUAUGGCUAAAUAACUGAAGAAGGAAACAUCAAAAAAAUUUUAUUUUGACGCUUUUUACAUAUAGAAUGGUCCGUCCAAAAUAAAAACUGUUGUAUUUUGUAGCCCUUGAAAAGCUCUACAGAACAGGCUAAUAAGAUUAAAAAUAUGCUUAUCUAACACUGACUGGAAUAAUCAGGCAAGACAAACACGUUCAUCUGAAAAAGUACUUAGAAAUAGACCUUUGUCUUUUAAGCGUAGAGGCUACUCUCCAAAUAUUUCAGAGACUACUUGGCUAAUUUUCAACUAUGCAGGCAACAAUAAUAGGCUAGUAUGCUGGAAAAAUUUUCAAAAAAUCCCUGAAGGUCCCAAAGUUAUAAUCAAAACAUUGAGUACUUUCAUCUGUUUACUUGAACAAACUCCGGUACGGGAAAAGCAUCGAGUAUUGCCUCAUGCAUCCCCGUGAUCAAUUUACUAAUCGAUGUAUUUAGAUAUAGAUAACUGUUUCUCUCGAUGUAAUUAGAUAACGUUAUCCAUGAAUUGGCAUUUGCAUCAGGUUUAACUUGGUGCAUGUAGAUGUAUUGAGCAACACAUCGAGCGAGGCAGCUAUCUAACUCAAUGCUUCACCUAGAGCAUCUGGACAAAAGAGUAAAACAUGUUGACUCAUACGCCAGCUAAAGCACCUCGAUAUUUCGGUUGGAGCACUUUUGCUUGGAACUCUUUUUCACCAGAUCGCACGAAAUAUCAUCUAUGCUCAUUUUUGCGUCUCUAUAGAAAAGUUCUUUUCUUGAUCAUAGUGAUGUGUGCAACAGCGAAAGUCAUGAUACGUGAUUUUUUCUCGAAGCCCUAUUGCGACCGAGUAUCUAUUGUGUUUAGUAACACUAAUAUGAAACCGUAUCGCUCAUUUUUCACGCGAAUAGCUACUAAACGUCGUGGACAAGAAAUUGUACAUUCCAAAUAACGGACUAUACCAUGUGUGCAUAUGGAGCAUCUUGGAUUUCUCGUCAUAUCCCACUGUAUCGACAAAUCAAAUGAGUUUCACAUUAUACUGAUCCGAAGAAUUACCCUACGAUAAUGUGAUCAUGCACGAUUUAUGCAGUUGAUAAUGACCGUAUAAAUAGGUCGAAAAUUCGUACUUUAAGAAUUUUAUAUUUUUAAAUAAACUCUUAAUCAUGGUAAGCCAAGUUAAGGAUGUAAUUGCAAUCAAGUUUAGUCUAUUGUUGCCCAUCAAUACUGGCAAUGUCGUUGAUUACAUUCAUGGAGGAACGAUGCAUUCACAACAAACAUGUAACUCGCUCAGUACAUUGGCAGCCAGAGUUGGACAAACGAAAUCGAAUUUAUUAUUCAUACCGGUUCUGUUAAUUGUCUCUCUUACUCUACAACUAAUUUAACAGUUUAUAAAUCAUAGUAAAAACGGUGAUCCGACUUCUUUAUUUUUCAUGUCACUCAGAAAUGAUGAAUCGAACAACUAGAAAAUCAAUUAAAAUGAGCAGAUAGAAUAGUCUAUUUUUUCGUUUAGCAAUUAUUUCUGUUUGAGAAAUAUCAAAAAUUAUAGAGAAAAAAAGUGUUAGAAUACUUAUUUCAUUCCAAAAGUCGAUUCGGUGUCAAAGAAGAUUCAUUAUAGGCUCAUGUAAAAAUUUUUCAAGUAGAGAGAAAUAUAGAGCGGACUUUGCUCUAUGCAACGGUAAAAAAAUUAUUUUUUCAUCUCUUUUAUUCCACCUAGCGGACACAAUGCGACUAAAGCGUUACUAUAUUAUGCGUUACUAGUAACGAGUAACGCAUGCGUUAUUGAGUUACUCCGUUACUAGUAACACAAUAACGCUUGCGUUACUGCGUUAAAGUAACGCAAUGCAUGAGGGAAAAUCAGUCCUUAGUCCGAAUAGCUUUAUGCGCUGUAGCUCUCUCAGCACUUUCUUGUUUUGACUUAGGCCAAAUAGCUGUAAAAGUUGUCAUUCUACCAGCUCAAAAUUUGCUUUUAUCACACUGAGACAAUCUGAUGACACUUUACAGAGUAGUGGCCAAGACAAGCUCCAGCAAUUUUAAAUACCAUUGGCUUGAAGAAUAAGUAAAUGUUUACCUCAUCUCAUGAAAAAUAUACCAUAGUUAAGACAGUUCAGAUGACUGUAUUCUGAUCCCUCUAAUUAACCACUGAACCACCAACGGAACAUUCAGGUCCUAAAAGCACCCGAAACAAGAAUUGAUCUAUUUCGUAUUGAGUGUUUUUUCGAAUGGUGGAUGCUGAAUGUCGACAUCCGUUCGAAUUAGGUAGCACUGACAUGAAUCAUCAAGAACAUUUUAUUAUCAUCGCUAGUUCUUGUUUUCACUUUUAAUGAUAUUAACGCUGUUUUCUUGCUGGAAUGACGAAAGAACAACAACGCACGUAAG